UGCAUAUGUACUUUCGGUUGUCUUUGUAGAGUAAACAAGAGGUGCAAGGUGCAACUGAUAAGAAAUUAAAGAAGGAAGAAAUGCUUGAACAGUGUUCUAUUUUCUGAAGAUUAACAACCAACCGUUUCUUGGAUUUCUCUCUUUAUAAUUUAAAAUAAGAAAUGGUUUCUUUUAUAACUCUUGGUCAUCUUAUCGUUUUGCAAUUCUUCAUAUGUAUACCUGAAAUUGGAGCGAUCAACAAACAAAAUCACAAGACUCGAUGGAAUCACAAUAGAAUGACAAACACAAAUCAAAAAAGAGUUCAAUUGAGUUAUAUUUUCCCCAGAGGAGGAAACAUAAGCUACGAAGGAGAUGAUUACACCCAUAGUUUUACAUUUCUAUCGUCAAUUCCAUUUGGAUCAGAAAAAUAUCCGCAUUUGUAUGCCUGCUCAAACGGUUUUGUGUCUACGUACUCUGAUACAACCUAUACUCCGAAUAACUUUUCAUACCUAGAGCUGGCGCCAUACUGGACAGAUUUAGAGCAACGGAAGGACGAAGGAUCAGCAAUGUAUAUUACGAUGUACAGACAUACUGUUCCAGACAAUACUGACACACUGAGGAAGGCAACAGAACUGGUUCUUCUUCACUCUAGCAAUCCACAUUUCUCAGCUAAGGAAGUCAUGGUAGUCACUUGGUGGAAUUCAAGGUUUUACCAAGCUCCACAAUCCACAACGAAUGCAUUCUCAAUACAGUGUGUAAUAAUGACGGAUUAUAUUACGUCAUAUGCAUUGUUUAACUAUAUCAAAGUUGAUGUGAACGAUACUCACGGGCAUCAGAUUUACACAGGAUGGAGUUCAAACAUAAAAAAUGUUACAAUGUCAUAUUCUUUAACAGACAAUGCUAUGAAAAUGGGAAAUUUUCGAGGAAACACAGGUGAAAGGGGUAUCUGGUUCUAUGAAAUUGCUGGAAAUGCAUCAGAUGAAUCAUGUCAUUCGAAUCCAUGUAGAUCGAGAGGAACGUGCACAGCAACAUAUGGUGGAUACAUGUGCACGUGUCAUCCGGGAUAUUCGGGUACAAAUUGUGGAUCAGAUAUCAAUGAAUGUUUAGCCAAUGUUCCUGUGUGUAAGCACGGGACAUGCAGUAAUAAUUUUGGAUCAUAUUCGUGUACGUGUGAUCAAGGCUGGAGGGGUCAAAACUGUGACCAAGAUAUAAAUGAAUGUGUGACGUACUCACCUGCGUGUUAUAAUGGCGGCAGUUGUGCAAACCAAGAUGGCUCUUUUUCGUGUCUGUGUGCAACAGGCUGGACAGGAAAUAGAUGUGAAACAGAUAUAAAUGAAUGUUCAAUGGGCACAUCAAAUUGUUUCCAUGGAAGUUGCGUGAAUACCGAUGGGUCCUACAGAUGUUCCUGCAACCUUGGCUGGUCAGGUCAUUUGUGUGACGUAGAUGUGAACGAAUGCAUCAAUCAUCCUUGUCAUAAUAGUGGCACAUGCAGCAAUACUAUUGGUUCUUACACGUGUUCGUGUUCUCAGGGGUGGGUUGGACAUCGUUGUGAACAAGAUGUUGACGAAUGUCAACAAAGCCCUUGUGUUCAUGGACGCUGUACCAAUACACACGGGUCCUAUCAAUGCAGCUGUAAUUCAGGCUACACAGCUCACAACUGUGAUAGAGAUAUAAAUGAAUGCCUUACAUUUUCUCCUGCCUGUUAUCAUGGUGGAACUUGCACAAAUUCGGAUGGGGCAUUCCGUUGCGCAUGCCCAGCAGGAUGGACAGGUCACCGAUGUGAUCAAGAUGUAAAUGAGUGCAGGGUAUCGCCUUGUAACAAUGGAGGAAGUUGCUAUAAUACACAAGGUUCCUUUAGAUGUUCCUGUGCAUUAGGGUGGACUGGAGCAGUGUGUGAAAACGAUAUUGAUGAAUGUUCUGUACUAUCGCCUGCUUGUAAGCAUGGAGGUCAAUGUACUAAUACAGUAGGAUCGUUCACGUGCGCAUGUUCGGCAGGAUGGACGGGGCCAACAUGCAAUCAGGACGUCAAUGAAUGCACAUCUAACCCAUGUUUGCAUGCUGGAACCUGUACAAAUACAAUAGGGUCAUAUAGAUGUAGCUGUGCCCCAGGAUGGUUAGGAAACAUCUGCAAUCAAGAUGUGGAUGAGUGUAGUGGUAACCCGGCUCCUUGUCAACAUGGCGGGAGCUGUACAAAUAAUGUCGGCUCCUUCACUUGUCACUGUCCGUAUGGAUGGAAGGGUAAUACUUGUGACCAAGAUGUUGAUGAAUGCUCCAUCCACAAGCCUUGCAUUAUGUGACGGUGUAUAAACACGGCGGGUUCCUAUCACUGCCAUUGUAACACGGGCUUUCCCUCAGCCCAUUGUAAUAAAGAUAUAGAUGAAUGCUUUCAGCAUCCUUGCAAACAUAACGGUGUUUGUGUCAAUACGAUAUCAUCCUUCAUGUGUAAAUGUGAGAGUCCUUGGGAUGGAAAUACCUGUGAUAUAGAUUCAAAUUUACUUGGC